CACUCAAAACACCUCAAGCUAGGGAAGAAACACAAAGAGAUGGAUUAUCUUGCAGGGUUUCUGAUUCUAUCUCUUUCAAUCUCUUGUGCAGCUUCUACUUUAGUUGAGAACAGUUUCAUGAAGUGCAUGUCAAACAGAGUUAGUGAUUAUUCUAAAUCCACUGAAAAAACAGUGUUUAUCAAAUCAUCCUCCUUAUUGUAUCCAAAAAUGUUGGCAUCAUUGGAACAAAAUCCUAGAUGGCUGAAUUCAUCAAGCAAGCCUCUUCUCAUUGUUGCACCUUCCCAUGAAUCAGAAAUUCAAGCAGCCAUACUAUGCAGCAAAGAGAUUGGUGUGCAUAUUAGAGUCAGAAGUGGUGGACAUGAUUAUGAAGGGCUAUCUUACAAAUCUUACCUUUGUAAGACACCCUUUAUCAUGAUUGAUCUCAUCAACAUCCGUUCGAUCGAUAUUAAUCUUUCUGAUGAAACAGCUUGGGUUCAGGCUGGUGCAACAUUAGGAGAACUUUACUACAAAAUUUCCAAAGCAAGUAAAGAUCAUGGAUUCCCUGCAGGAGUAUGUCCAAGCGUUGGCGUAGGUGGUCAUUUCAGUGGAGGUGGAUUUGGUGCCAUGGUUAGGAAACAUGGUUUAGCAGCAGACCAAGUUGUUGAUGCUUACUUAAUAGAUGUAAAUGGGAAAAUUCUUGAUAAAAAAUCAAUGGGAGAAGAAGUUUUUUGGGCUAUUAGAGGAGGUAGUGCCACUAGUUUUGGAGUCAUUCUUGCAUGGAAGAUAAGGUUGGUUAGAGUUCCACAUAUUGUUACUGUUUUCAAUGUUCAAAGAACAUUGGAACAAGGAGCAACCAAGCUCAUUCAUAGAUGGCAAUACAUAGCACAUAAGUUGCAUGAAGAUCUUUUCAUUAGAAUAGUUGCUCAAAAUACUGGUGCAAAUUCAAAAACAAUUCAAGGCCUAUUUAACUCUCUCUUCCUUGGGAAAAAAGAUAAGUUAAUAUCUAUAAUGAAUAAGAGUUUUCCUGAAUUAGGAUUGCAGGCCAAAGAUUGCAUUGAAAUGAGUUGGAUUCAAUCAGUUUUGUAUUUAGCAGGAUACAAGAAAGAUGACCCUACAGAACUCUUGCUGAAUAGAACUACAAGUUACAAAAGUCCAUUCAAAUCCAAAUCUGAUUUUGUACAAGAGCCUAUACCAGAAACAGGUUUAGAAGGUGCUUGGAGAAUGCUUCUAAAUGAAGAUACAAAAGCAAUGCUGAUAAUGGAGCCUUUUGGUGGAAAAAUGAAUGAAAUUUCAGAAACUGAAAUCCCUUUUCCACACAGAAAAGGAAACUUGUACAACAUACAAUAUUUUGUCAAGUGGGAUGAGAAUAAAAUUGAAGAAUCCAACAAGCAUAUAAAGUGGAUUAGAAUGGUUUAUCAAUACAUGACACCUUAUGUUUCAAAAUCUCCAAGAGCUUCAUAUUACAACUAUAGAGAUCUUGAUUUAGGUAGUAACAAGAAUGGUAACACAAACUACUCAGAAGCAAGUGUUUGGGGCAUCAACUACUUUAAGAGAAACUUUAGGCGCUUGGCACACAUUAAGACAAAAUUUGAUCCCCAAAACUUUUUCAGGAAUGAGCAGAGUAUUCCUAUUCUAAAUUUCCUUCCCUGAUCGUAUUAUUAGGAGCAUAUAGAACCAUCGUGUAGUGUUUUAAUAGCUCUUCUUGGAUUAACAACUUCAUUCAACACUUAUUAUGUAAGUGCUUAUGUAUAAGUUAUUUCUACAACAAAAGAUAAAAUAAAGUCAAACAAAUUUCAUACAAGCUAUCUUAUAGACAUAAGCUGAAAACAGCUUUAUGCACAUGUCGUAAGUUGCCUAACCGUAGAGCAUAGACUUGUAAAUAAGGGGCAUAAAUUGAA